UGGAUGUGUACGAGUAUCACAUGUCCAUUUAAUUUUCAGCGCCCUAUUCUCAUCGGCGAGCGACGAGGAUAGUGAGAGUGACGGUAGCAUUGUUUCGCCAUGCAGCCCUGAUUUCUAUUUGCUUCCUAAGAGGGAGCCACUGACACCCAAGUGCUACAGAAGACGACAUCCUCACAACUUGUUAGGAACUUUUGAGGAAUCGGUUUUAAAUGGACGCCUCGAGCCCGUUUCCACCGUUCACGGAUUUACCGCCGAAUUGGGUGCGAGCGGCGCAUUCGUUCCCGAGCAUUUGGUACUUCCAGUUACUGUGUUCUUUUACAAUUUGGGAGAUAACGAGAAAGUGUCCUCGCCAUAUUUGGGACACAUAAAUUUGGGACGAAAGGGAUAUCAGGUUCCCAAAUCCGGCACGUUGCAAGUGACACUGUUUAAUCCCUUGGGAACUGUCGUGAAAAUGUUUGUUAUAAUGUACGAUUUGAACGAAAUGCCUCCGAACUCGCAGACAUUCAUUCGACAGCGUACUUUAUACAUGCCGACUGGCUGUACGGAUAAGAAUUCGGAAUGGGGACCUAAGUGGUUACGCUACCUUAUUCACUUAAGAUUUAUGAGCUCCAAAUCGGGUCGAAUUUAUCUACAUACGGAUAUACGGAUGAUAAUUUUUCGAAAGUCGGAUCUCGAUACAGCAACUGCACAUGGUAUUGAUAUGUCCUACGAAUUACGCAGCUUCACCCACUUACCUUCGAACCCUCGAUUCUCUUCAAGAAAGUAGAAACACGAAUAAAAUGUACGCAUAUUAUU